AAAGCAAUCUGGUUAGUGAACGACGCGCCAAGAUUUUCGAGUACAGUUAGGAGCAUGUUACAGCUGAAGCAAGACCUGUCGCUGUUUCUCCGAUGCAACGUUGGUAAUGGGUCCAAAGCGUUGUUCUGGUACGACUUUUGGACUGAGUUAGGUCCUUUAAUCCUCCUACUAGGUUCAUCCGGGCCGAGGUCUCUUAGGAUUCCUCUCUCAGCCACAGUCUCUCAAGUUGUUCGUAACGGUCACUGGAACCUGCCUCCGGCGCGCUCCGAAAAUGCUCUGACCCUUCAGAUUAUUCUAUCUACUAUGUCGGUUCCAUCUGCAGCUAGCAGCGAUGAUGUGUAUUUGUGGAGGCAGGGUUCUGGUGGUUUUGGUCCAUCUUUCUCAUCGAGGGUUACUUGGGAGAGAAUCCGGGUCCCUAACCCCCCCGUUGAUUGGCACAAGGUGGUUUGGUUUAAGGAGGAAGUUCCUCGGUAUUCCUUUAUCUCUUGGACUGCUUUCCUUGGUAGAUUACCAACCCGAGAUCGUCUAAUCUCUUGGGGACUACAAGUUCCGCCAGGUUGUGUCCUUUGCUCUCUCGCUGAUGAGUCUAUUAGUCAUUUAUUCUUCGAUUGUUCUUUUGCGGUUGCUACUUGGAGUCGUUUUUGUGGCAGGUAUUUGGCGUCUCCACCGGCAUCUCUAGCUGCAGUUGUUAGCUUGUGUCACAACCUUCAGGGCCCUUAUGCUCCUCGCGCAGUAGCGGUUUUGAAGCUCCUCAACCAGGUCGUCAUCUACUCCCUUUGGCGUGAGCGGAAUGCUCGUAUCUUCAAAGGCGUCUCGACAUCUCAGGAAGCUACUUUCAGGGUGGUGGAUCGCGCAAUGCGUGAUAGGCUCCUAUCCGUGCCUAGGCCCGCAGCGACUGCUCGCUCUCCUUCUCUUCUGGAGCUCUAUUUCUGCUUCAUCUCCCCUUAUAGUUAG